UGGCUUUCUGACAGCUACAAAUCAGCCAACAUACAAAUUGAUGUUUUUGAGUCGGCGACGACAAAAAUAUACAAAUUCUAGUUUUUUAGGCAAUUUGGAUAACUGACGCCUAAGAAGCAAAUAUUCACAUCGUAGCAAAAGUUAUACUUUUGCUUACAUUCAUACAACCUUAACAAAUACAACGCAACAAAGGCCAAAUGCCGUUGCCUAGCGGAUCCUUCUCCGCCACCCAAGGUGGGCCCACAUGCUUUGAUAAGAUGAAGACUGGCUUCACCAUUGGCUUCUGCGUGGGCAUGGCCAGUGGUGCACUAUUUGGUGGCUUCUCCGCGCUCAGAUACGGACUGCGUGGUCGCGAGCUGAUUAACAACGUUGGCAAGGUGAUGAUACAAGGCGGCGGCACUUUUGGUACAUUCAUGGCCAUAGGCACCGGCAUACGCUGUUGAUAUACACACAUAUAUCGUUCUCCCCUCAACUGGAUUGCAUUUCGAUUAUGUUUAUUAGAUUAUACCCAGCCUCCUCCCACUCUCCCCCCGUUCCCUGUAUAGCUAAGGCUAAGUUUCUAAGUUACCUACGAAUGCAAAAUGCUUUACAAAAUUAUGAUAUGUAUAAGUAUUUGCAAUAGACACGUUGUUAAGCCAAA